CCUCGUGUGCAGAGCAUGUCUUCCCUUUCCCACAGCACUGCAACUGGUGUUGACAGGCUAAAAAUCCAAGCAUUUGUACAGAAAUACAGCUUUACGAGCUCUGAAACGUCUUAAUUAUCCAGGAUAAUUGUUUAUAUCUAAAUUCCAUGUUCAGAAUGCCGCACAAAGCAAAAAUUGAUAAUGACUCGGAGGAAAUUGACGAUAGUAACAAGAACAUCAUUCUUGGUCUUGUCUCCCAGCUGAGGCCAAAUAUGGAUCUUUCACGCGUGACACUACCUACGUUUGUUCUGGAGCCGCGUUCAAUGCUUGAACGCAUUACAAACUUUAUGUCUCAUCCUGGGCUUUGUUUUCCUCUGUCCUCUGAGCCGGACCCAACGCGUCGUUUCCUCAAUGUUGUUCGUUUCUACCUUUCCGGAUGGCACAUUCGCCCACGAGGCGUGAAGAAGCCUUUGAACCCCAUUUUGGGCGAAACGUUUACCGGUUUUUGGAAAUUUCCAUACCACAACAGCCCCGACGUUACACUGCAGAAGCUGAAAGGCACAGCCGUGUAUGUGUCGGAACAAGUUUCUCACCAUCCGCCCGUCAGCGCGUACUUCUACAUGUGUCCCGAGUACCAUGUUCGCAUUGAUGGCGUGCUGAAACCAAGAUCGAAAUUCUUGGGGAACUCGGCGGCCAGUAUCAUGGAAGGCGUUGCCAGUCUUCAACUGCAAGACAUUCAAGAAGAUUACUUCCUCACACAACCUAACAUGUAUGCGCGUGGCAUUCUGUUUGGUAAGCUGAGAAUUGAACUCGGCGACCAUGUCAUUGUUCGCUGUCCAAAAAACGAUCUCAUUGCCAAUAUCGAAUUUAAGGUGAAGGGUUUUAUAAGUGGCACUUAUAAUUCUAUCUUUGGAAAGGUGAAGCGGGAGAGCACCGGUGAAGUGCUCUACCAAUUGUCUGGAAAAUGGGAUUCGCAAAUGUUUCUUGAGAACGUCAAGACGCAGGAAGUUACGCCAUUUUUAGAUAUCAAUGAUCUGGUAGUCGCAGCCAUUAGUACCCGGCCCCUUGACGAGCAAGGAGAACGCGAGUCCCGCCGGCUUUGGUUUGAUACCUGCGAGGCCAUUAAGGCGCGCGACCAGUCGAAGGCAACCUUGCACAAAACGGCCAUUGAAGACCGUCAACGUAAAGAAGUGAAAGCCCGUGAGGCCAAACAUGAAGUUUGGCAGCCAAAAUAUUUCACGAAAACUGGACCAGAAGAGUACAAAAUUAAACUCAAUAUACCAGACGGUAUCUCAAACUUGCAAAAACUGGCUCUUGUUGACGAUUUCAUUCCAGUUUUUAGCAAGGCUGACCAUGCCCAAAUGCACGCGCAAUUGAACGCUGACUUGGUACAACGUGUCCCUGAACCUACAAAUCCUCCUGCUCCUCUUCAUCAUCAUCAUUCGCUGCGUCCCAUGCAGCCUCACUUUAAUCGCAGCUCAACUACGCUUGCUUCUAUGCGGAGUGACAUCUCACUUGACGAGUACCACGAUGCACAGUUGCCCGAUGCUCACAUCCUCUCACAAUUGAACGAUCACCUUUCCAGUUAAGUUGUUUCGCAUUGAUGCUUUUGGUGAGCGAUUUAUUUAUCUCCGAAUUGUUUUGUUUUCAUACACCUCUAGACUGUUUAUAACAUUGCAUCUAACUGUCCGCAUUGUUCUGUAUUACUUGAAGCUUAUAAGCGAAACCCUUGGACAAGGGUAUAUGACUAAAUUACCGAACGAGGCGCUGUCCUCUGCAAUUCUACUCUCAACUUUUUUUUUAAUUUCUGAUGCUUCUGGAUUCCAAAUUUGAAUACUGCGGACCCUCCGUAGCACCCAAAUAUGCUGUUUCACGACCCAAUGGCUCAACUAAAGCGGGACUAGUCCUGCUCCGGGUGUCGCUGUUUUCCCUGUUCUUCUUGUGAAUGGCUUUCGAUGGGACUAGUCAUGACUUGGGUCUCUGUGUUUCAAAGUGAAGUUUCAUGAGCGAGACUUUUUCAGUUCGUGAAUAUCCGUUUUUAUUGAUGAAAGUUUUAAUGCUGUUAACGAGAGUUGCUCUUGUUUCAUUCUAUGAAUGAUUUUGUUUGUUUGUUUGUUUGUUUUUUAAAUUUUUUUCUUUUGAGGAUUUUACUUUUAUCAUUUUGAUACAGGAUAUUACCUCGGACGACCAGAGUCACUUCAACGAAGUUUUCUGCCGACUGAUUGUGACUCUAUGAUUUUCUCAUUUGACCUUGAGGCUGCGUUUCGUGGUGGUGAGUUUUAAGUUUAUGCUCCACCAUCAUUCUGGAUUAUUCGAUGAGCUUCGGUAGUUACUGCUGUUGGUAUAUAAAACACCAGCGACUGCCCUCACCGGGUUCUCCUUGACGACCUA